AUGUCUUUAUCUUCCCCUUCGUCUAGAAGGUCAACACCAAAACGCCGUCCACUCCAUCAACGAACAAACUCGCAGAACAAUGUCGUCUCCCCGCCCUCGCCUGUCCGUCCAGUUUCACCGACGCUUCGACUGGUAUCAAACAAAACUGACUACUCGGAGGACGAUGAUGUCUUCAGCAAUCCAGACGAUGUUGACAUAUACUCUGCUAACCCAUAUCCUACCAAGCCCGCUCAUGUGCUACUGCCUCCAGGUUCCUCAUCGGCCAAAGGCCGUAUAACUAGAAGCGGGACUCCUUCAACAAUUACUCCCUCCAAUGCCUGGAGUUCCAGGCCCAGCGUUUCUCCGGAUCUAGAAUCCUCCAGUUCCAGUCAACAACCCACCGGAAGCGCCUCGGACCUUUCCACCUUUAUGGGAAACACUUCAAGCGCAAUAUGGGGCCAGGAUCCAAAGUCGAGCAACACCACUGUCGCUCGCUCAGUCACCCCACAGGCCUCAGAGAGUGGUGAUAGUGGCAACGAUCAUGAUCAGGAGAAGUCUUCUGACCGCAGUAGCGUAACCGCGCUUCCAAGGCCUGUUGCCACUACUAUCAAGUUAGUCAAUGAACGGGAACGAGAGUUGUCACGAUCUAGUCGUACGCCUCCAAGCAGAUCUCCUCCAUCUGACGGCUCCCUCCUAAUCGGAUGUUCUAUUACUCGUGGCCACUCGUCCUCUUCAAAUUCGUCCUCGAAUGUUGCCCGGAUUGGGUAUACAUCCAGCCCCAACCUGGUGCCGUUGAACAGUUCGUCGCCAAAUUUGCUUCCCAUUGGCUCUUCUCCUAACGUUGUCAGGACUCGUGCUUCUGAGUCUUCGUUAUUUUCAGCAAAUUCGUUUGGAACGGCGAUAAGGUAUAUCCGCAAUCGAGGAGGGCCGAGCACUACUUCAGAACCAGCAUCCGCGGCCCGCUCUGAUUCCCAUACUCCGUCCAUCCCCUCAAGCCCCCCUGUCCCAGUGCUAAGGUCAUACCAAUCCACAUCAACACUUGAUCUCAAUGCGCGGUCAAGCCAAGGGAAUGUUUCCUUACCCAGCAUGCCAUCAGAUAUUGAUAUCCAGGCCGUUAUGGACAGCGGGAUUCCUAUACAGUACCCAAUAUUACGUCCACCCUCGUCGUCCGGCUCGUACGCAGAAACGUCCAUGGUCUCCAUUCCAGAGCCAUUGGCAGUAGCCCGCCCUCCAACUCGACGGUGGAACCCGGACUUGUCCUCCGUCUCGUCUGACAUGUCAAUUCCAAUGGAUGAGCGACACAAUCUUCCCUCGUUAUCCCUUGAUGGUACCCAAGGGAGAUCCCGACAGGUGACUGAAACUGAGCAAUCUUGGCUCUCCGCACGCCAGCAAUCCGAGAUGCCAGAUUAUUCAGCAAUGGAUGAAUCCGAGAUGGAUGAGGUUAGCGACCGCAUUACCCAUCUUCAUGCCUUGCGUGUUCUAAAGCAUAAGACAUCCGCCACCCUCAGCUAUCGGUCAUCCCUCUCAAGGCGAGGCUCUCUAAGUCGGUCGGGGUCAACAGCAAGUCAAUUUCUAACUACUAUUCCCCAGUGGGCAAAGAUAUACUAUCAAGGUGGAAACCUCGCCUUCCUUUCGGCUGUUUCUCUAGUUGAUGUUAGCAGACCAAAUACCCCACGAGAAAUCCCUGCUGUGACCCAGGUUUCCUACUCAGAACCCUUGGAGGAAGUAUCAAAUCAAGCUGUAGUUCGUGUACCGCCUGGAAAUAUCUCAUGCCCCCGAACACGGCCUCGCCGAGCGAGCCAGCCUGUACAACGACAAGACCAGCCAGAAUCACAGCCAGCACGGCGGCAGGAGUCGAUGCCGAUACCAGAAGCAGAAAUACAAGUGGAGCAACCGGAACAAGCCCAGGUUGAGCCUAAACCAAAAGCCAUCCGACGAGACUCUCGUGAUCCAAGAACACAUUGGGCCGGUAUUGUUGGAGAAGAUGAGAUUACACCUCAGCCCUCUCGCGAAGUGACACCCAGGGGCGUCUGGUCACCACAUCUGUAUACAGAUAAACGAUUUCGUUCAACUGAGAGGAAAAUAUGGAAGGCUCCACCCUACGACGAAUCUGGCGAAUAUAUAUGGAGUAGACGAAACAUGCAGGUGCUCAGUUUUUGCUUUGGUUUUAUCUUUCCAUUAGCCUGGUUGAUUGCCUCGUUUCUGCCUUUGCCAAUCAAGCCACCAUCUGUUGAGAAUGGAAUGCCAGGGCAGCCAGAUAUUGAAAAAGCGGCUGCUCAUCGAGCAGUCCUGGCUGAUAAUUUACGUUACGAAAAUGCCCGAUGGUGGCGGAAUCUGAACCGUUGCAUGACACCAGUUGGCUUGUCAAUCAUUAUAAUAGUUGUAUGUUCAUUAAAAAUUUCUCCAUAUAUUUAUGAGCCCUUCACUAACAUCCAUAAUAGAUCACACUAUCCGUUCUUGGAUCACGAAACGCCCUAUGAUACAUGA